AUGUCUGUUUCAAAAAAAAUACAACCACUUGACUAUUUCUCAGAAAUAAAAAACUGGCCUGAUAUCGAAAAUGCUGUAAAGGAAAACAAAACUGUAGAGGAUGCUGUUAAUAGUAACCUUCAAACCUAUGUAACUAUCAAUGUAUCCCAAGCUAUGAAACAAUUAGCAACAGUUGGUGACCUCUUAAAGAUAGCCUAUGCAGCCUCAAAAGAUUUCCCAAGCAGUGUACCAAUUAUUGGAAUUCUCGGUAGUUAUCAAUCAAUGAUUAAUGAUACAGUUAAUACAUCUUCAAAUUUUGUAAUGUUAUGUAUUGACAGUAUUGAAUUCUACAAUAUUGCUCUUAAAUUUGCAAAUAAAAAAAAACUUGCCAAAUCAAUUGAAAUCAUUGGUAGAGCAGCUAAAAAAGCAAAAGAAAUGGCCACAAUAUCUGACACUUUGGUUCAAAAAGCUGAAAAUCUUGUACAAUUAUCAAUGGAUGCUUUAAAAACCGCAACAAAUGACCAGGUCAAAUCUGUUGAGGAAUUAAAAGAAAAUGAAAAGAAACAAGGUGAAUUGAAUGCUAAUGCAGAGAGUCUUAAAAGUGAAAUCGCAUCAUUAAAGGGUCAAAUUGAAGAAAUGAAAGAUUUAGCAGACAAAGCCGGUAAAGAAGCUGAGGAAGAACGUAAAAUGUCAUUUAUCAUUAGAAUUAUUGGUGCUGUUGCUGAACCACUUUCACAACUUGCUGGUCCUAUGAUUGCUGCAUAUAGUGGCGCUCCACCAACAGGUGCCAUUAAGAACAUUUUUGGUGGUAAAAAAGAUAAAGAUGAAACCAAACAAGAUCCAACGGAUGAUGCUGCUACCAAAGUAACAAACAAACAAAAAAAAUUAAAGAAACAAAAGGAGGAAAAAGAAGAAGAGUUAGAGAAAAAAGAAAAAGAAGAAAAGAAACUUGAAGAAAAAGAAAAGGAUGGCUCCAUUACAGAAAAAGAAAAAAAAAAAAAGAAACUCUUAGGUGAUCAAAUUGAUGAAAUUAAAAAUGCAAUUGAAAAACUUGGUAACAAUAUUUCAAAUGUCUCAAAUGAAAUUGCUGAUGAAAUGAAAGAAAAAGCUGCCAGAUCAGAAAAUUGUGAAAUGGAAUAUAGAAAAUUAAAAAAUUCAUACCAAGAUUUACAAAGAAAUGCCAAUGCUAACUUAGCAAAGAACUUAAAAGAACUUCAAAAUCUUUCAAGAGAAGAGAGUCAUUUAGAAGUUAGUAUUAAAUCAUUAGAAAUUGUAAUUAGUACCAUGGGUAAAGUUAAGACUAUCUUUGAAAACACAAGACUCUUUUGGUUACAAGUUGAAUCCCAUUGCAAACGUCUUUCAAAGAUUUCUGCUAUUGAGGAUAUGAAAGAUUUAGCUGAGGAUGACCCAGAUGAAUUAGUUGAUUUCCAAAAUGAAAUUAAAAAAUCAGGUAUGAGUUGGUUAGCUUUAGCCUAUGUCAAUCAAACCGCUGCAACUGCAAUCAUUAGCAUAAAGGGUAACUUUGAUGAAGUAAUGAACAACCUUCCAUCAAGAGAUGAAGCCAAAAGGAUUGUUGAGAAUUGUACUGCUCAACUUGAGGUAGAAUUAGAAAAAGAAAAUAAACAAAUCGAUGCUACCAAAGAAAAACUUAAUAUCACCCCUGCCUCAAAACUAGAUCCAACUUUAGAGUAAACUCUUUUUUGUCUUUUCACCAUUUUAAUUUAAAAAAAAAAUUAAUUAUAC